AUGGGCCGGAGUAGGAUCCUGGCAGCCUUUAAUGCUGCAGCCAAAGUGUUUGGUGGGCACAUGGGAUCCUACAGGCAUGGUUUCCCCACACAACCCCUAAGGAACCUGUCGCUGCACGAAUACGUGAGCAUGCGGCUCCUGAAAGAAGCGGGUGUCUCUGUCCCGAAUGGAAUGGUGGCCAGAACACCAGGAGACGCCUACAAAGCCGCCCAAAAUAUCGGUAGCAAUGAGCUGGUGGUCAAGGCACAGGUGUUAGCUGGCGGUCGGGGGAAAGGGACCUUCGAAGGAGGCCUCCAAGGUGGAGUGAAGAUUGUGAAUUCCCCAGAGGAGGCUGAGGCCAUGGCUUCCCAGAUGAUCGGGAAGAAGCUCUUCACCAAACAGACGGGGGAAAGAGGCCGGAUCUGCAAUGAGGUCUUCAUCUGUGAGCGCCGGCACCCCAAGAGAGAGUACUACUUCGCCAUUGCGCUGGAGCGCACCUUCCAGGGCCCCGUCCUCAUUGGCAGUGCCCAGGGGGGCGUCAAUAUCGAAGACGUGGCCGCAGAGAACCCCGAGGCCAUCGUCAAGGAACCCGUGGACAUCGUGGAGGGCAUCCGGACAGAGCAGGCUCUGCGCCUGGCCCAGAAAAUGGGAUUCCCCGCCGACGUGGCAGAAGAUGCGGCCCACAACAUGGUGAAGCUCUACCAGUUCUUCAUCAAAUACGACGCCUUGAUGGUGGAAAUCAACCCCAUGGUGGAAGACUCAACGGGGAAAGUGGUCUGCAUCGACGCCAAGAUCAACCUGGACAGCAACUCGGCCUUCCGGCAGAAGAGCAUCUUCCAGCUUCGGGACUGGAGCCAGGAGGACGAGCGGGACCGGGAGGCGGCCAACGCGGAGCUGAACUACAUUGCCUUGGACGGGGACAUUGGCUGCCUGGUCAACGGGGCCGGCCUGGCCAUGGCCACCAUGGACAUCAUCAAGCUCCACGGAGGAACCCCGGCCAACUUCCUCGACGUGGGCGGAGGGGCCACCGCGGAGCAAGUGAAGGAGGCCUUCAAGCUCAUCACGUCGGACGCCAGGGUCCAGUCAGUCCUCGUGAACAUCUUUGGGGGCAUCAUGCGAUGCGACAUCAUUGCCCAAGGCAUCAUCCUGGCCGCCUCGGAGCUGGACCUCAAAGUCCCCAUCGUGGUGCGCUUGCAAGGAACGCAAGUGGAGAGCGCCAAAGCCUUGAUCGCAAAGAGCGGCCUGAAGAUCCUGCCCUGCGACGACCUGGACCAGGCGGCCCAAAUGGCCGUCAAGCUCUCCCAGAUCAUGACCCUGGCCCGGCAAGCCCACCUGGAGGUCAAGUUCAAGCUGCAGAGCUGA